CACAGUAUUCCAGCCUUCUUCCUUUCCUGCCAGCAGCAUCCAUGAAUCCAGUGAGGCAGUACGUGCUGUGUGUGGGUGCCUAUUGCACAGAUCGAGCACUGCAGCUUCAGAUACGGUGGGAAAACAGAGAAUGAGACAUUGCAGUUGGGUUUUCCAGAGCAGGAUCCAUGAGAAAAGGUAACUCAGGAAACCGCUGCGGAUUCGGAGCUGAACCUCCAGCCCUGCAGGAAAACAGCCAGCGCUAAACGUGCGCCCUUGGACUGGAGCUGCGCUCGGGAAGAGGCCAUGGCUGGGCAGCCGAGCUGCUGGAAUGCCGUGCUCCUGGUGCUGCUGUGUGCGGGCAGUGCCCGGGCCCAGCGGGACUGCACGGGCGCCGAGUGCCCGGCCCUGGAGAACUGCAUCGAGGAGGUGCUGGAGCCCGGCGGGUGCUGCGCCACGUGCCUGCAGCACGGCUGCACCUGCGAGGGCUACCAGUACUACGACUGCCUCAACGUGGGCUUCACCAACGGCAGGGUGCCCGAGGGACAGUCCUACUUCGUGGACUUCGGCAGCACCGAGUGCUCGUGCCCCAAGGGCGGCGGCAAGAUCAGCUGCCAGUUCAUGCUGUGCCCGGAGCUGCCCCCGAACUGCAUCGACGCCGUGGUGCCGGCGGACGGGUGCCCGCAGUGCGGCAGGAUCGGCUGCCUGCACGAGGGGCAGAAGUACGUGGCGGGGCACACCUUCCACAUGCCCCCCUGCAAGGUGUGCCACUGCCCCAACGCCGGCGGGGAGCUCAUGUGCUACCGGCUGCCCGACUGCGACACCUUCGCCCUGAACACGGCCAGCCCCGGGGACGCCGAGGACGGGGAGCCCGAGAGGCACUACGACGAUCCCUACAGCUACGACCAGGAGGCGGCCGAGGGGGACAACACCCAGCUGGAGUCUCCCAAAAAGUACCGGAGUUACUCAUCCCACCUGGAGCAGGACAGCCAGGAGCAGGGGGAGGACUAUGACUACCCGGCAGCCAGCGUGGCCCCAUCGGUGCCAGCCCCGGCCCGUCCUCCCCCCGAGGGGACGGUGCCCCCCAGCCCCGCCGUGCCCCAGGGCCCCGCCGAGGUGCGCGGUGCCACCGAGAGGGGCGAGAGGCGCAGGGUGCCCCGCACCACCGCGGCUUCCCUCCGGCAAGGCACGCACAGGGAGGCACCAGCAACCACCAGAGCUCCUGUGGAGCACACGACGGCCACCACUGAGACCCCCCAGCACCCGGAGGAGCUGGAGAGGAGACCAAAGGGGAAGCAAGGGAACAAAGAGAGGCGUGAGCAAGAAAGAGCCCCCCACUCUAAAAUGAAAAAGCACGUCAGGAAAGAAGAGCCAGCAAACAGCAUGUACCAGGGCUUGACAGAGGGGAAUUUAACAGAGCCGAGCUGGGCAAAGUCUUCCCAUGAAACCCUCGAGGGAAACGAUUUCCCCAAGGUGAAGUUCAGUGCAACGACCUCCCCUCCUGUUGCUCUCCAGGACCGCAGCCAGUCCUCCCCAAAGCAGUCCCAGACGCUGUAUCGGUACCACCCCGAGGAGGACGGGGACCCCAACUCCAUCCACGCCAACCCCAGGCUGCCAGAAGGUUCCACGAAGGAAUUGAUUGAGAGCUGCUGUGGAGCUGGACAACAGUGGGCCAUAGACAAUGGGGAGUGCACAGAAAUCCCCGUGAGUGGAAUGGAUGGUGACAUUUGCAGGAUUGCCCAGAAGCAGUGCUGUGUGUCCACGGUGCGGGAGAACAGCUGCCUGGCCGGGAUGGUCGCUGCCAAGGAGGGCGACACGUGUGGCCCCGAGGACGGUGACCCCUGCAUGGGGUCAUCCUACAAGCAAUGCUGUGACUGCUGCAAUCUGGGCCUGAAACUGAGGAGUGAGGGCAAAUCCUGCGAGUCCAACAUCAACCUGGGCUACCCCUGUAGCCAUGUGAUGCUGUCCUGCUGUGAGGGGGGGGACCACUUCAUCCAUCCAGAAAUCAAAAGGCAUCCUGAGCCUCUGCCAACAGUGACACCUGAGAAGGUUUCAGAGAGGGAAGAUCACAAUGAAGCUCUGUCCAUCAGCAGUGAAGCUGAACUGUCAAACAGCCUGCCUGGAGAUGACCUGGACGAGUGUCUCCUCUAUGGUGGGGAGCUCUGCCAGCAUUUGUGCAUCAACACCGUGGGCUCCUACAAGUGCUCGUGUUUCCCAGAUUUCACCUUGCAGGAUGAUGGGACCAGCUGCUCUCCAGAUCCUGACAGGGCACAGGUGACAAGGCUGGAAGCUGAAGCCACCAUCCCUCCAGUAGCCUCUCCCUCUCAGCCCAUUCUGGUGGUGUCCUUGCAGGAGGAGCAGGACCAGUGUAAAGAUAAUGGGCCCUGCAAGCACCUCUGCAACGUGGUGGAAGGAGAGGCCGUGUGCUCCUGCCUGGCUGGGUACACCCUCAUGGCUGAUGGUGUGUCCUGUGAAGACAUUAAUGAGUGUGUGACAGAGAGACACACCUGCCAGCGCAGAGAGCACUGCGUCAACACCAUGGGCUCCUUCAGGUGCCUGCAGGAGCUGACCUGCCAGCCCGGCUAUGAGCUCAAGGAUGGGGACUGUGUUGAUAUUGAUGAGUGUGAGAGAGGAACUCACAGCUGCAAAGUCAACUUUGUUUGUCAGAACACAGAAGGGUCCUUCUACUGUGAGUCAAAGCAGCGCUGCAUGGAUGGGUUUCUGCAAGAUCCUGAGGGAAACUGUGUUGAUAUUAAUGAAUGCACGUCCCUCCCUGAGCCCUGUAAACCAGGAUUCAACUGCAUCAACACAGUUGGGUCUUACACCUGCCAGAGGAACAUGCUGAGCUGCAGCAGAGGAUACCACUCCAACGAGGAGGGCACCCGCUGCGUCGAUGUGGAUGAGUGUCAGACUGGUGUGCACCGCUGUGGGGAGGGGCAGAUCUGCCACAACCUCCCCGGGGCUUAUCGCUGUGACUGCAGGAUGGGCUUUCAGUACGACGCCUUCAGCAGGAGCUGCAUCGAUAUAAAUGAGUGCUGGAACUACCCCGGGCGCCUGUGCCAGCACACGUGUGAGAACACCCCUGGCUCCUACCACUGCACUUGCUCCUCUGGGUUCCGCUUGUCCUACGAUGGCAAACAUUGUGAAGAUGUGAAUGAAUGUGAUAACAGUCCCUGCAGCCAGGAGUGUGCCAACGUUUAUGGCUCCUACCAGUGCUACUGCAGGCAAGGUUUCCAGCUGGCAGAAGAUGGGCAUUCCUGUAAAGACAUUGAUGAGUGCACACAGAGUGCAGGUAUCCUCUGCACCUUCCGCUGCGUGAACGUUCCUGGCAGCUACCAGUGUGCUUGUCCUGAGCAGGGAUACACCAUGGCAGCCAAUGGAAGGACCUGUCGAGAUAUUGAUGAGUGUGCAAUAGGAACCCAUAACUGCUCAACUGCAGAGACCUGCUACAACAUCCAGGGCAGCUUCCGCUGCCUGUCCUUCGAGUGCCCUUCCAACUACAGAAAAGUGUCUGACAUGAGGUGUGAACGUAUCAGCUGCUUUAACUACCUGGACUGCCAGAACACCCCGGUGAGAAUCACCUACUACCAGCUCAACUUCCAGACCAACAUCGUGGUCCCAGCCCACAUUUUCCGGAUCGGCCCCUCCCCCGCCUACGCCGGGGACAACAUCAUCCUCACCAUCACCCAGGGCAACGAGGAGAGCUACUUCAGCACCCGCAGGCUCAACUCCUACACCGGCAUCGUGUACCUGCAGCGCCAGGUCAAGGAGCCCAAAGACUUCCUGUUGGAUGUGGAGAUGAAACUGUGGCGCCAGGGAACGUACACCACUUUUCUUGCCAAAAUUUACAUCUUCAUCACGGCUCAUGCGUACUGAGGCCUGUGCUGACGUGGGAUUUGAUUGGUGCUAUGCUCUUUACCUGUUCUACCAAAGCUUAAUACUGUUGAACUGGCAUUUAAUGUAUCUAGCCUUUAUAUUAUUUUUCUAUCAUUGCUUUAAACUUUUUUAUUGGUUGUGUAAAUUAAGUUAAUUUUUAUCUUUUGAUGUUUUGUUUCCUUAUGCAGUUCUGUGCAUCAUCAUUUGCCAACCAACGAAGGAAGGGUUGGAAGGCAGCACGUGCCUUGUGCUGAAUGCUGGAACCUUUUCCUAGCCAUUGUUUUUAGGUGUAGUCGCCUCUGCAGGGUAUUGCACUAGAGAGGGAAGAUGUUCAUGUGGGAGUGUUGGGAAAAAAGCUUUGAGGGCUUUCUCUUGCUGACACAAAGUCGUGGCUUGGCUCAGCCAGUGCCUUCCCUGGGGCUGAGAUGCUGUGUUGGGGCCGUACGUGGACACUGAUGGUCAACCCACCUCCUGGGAUUAUUCUCCUCCUUCCAACUUGCAUAAUAUGUUGCCUUAAAAUAUAUAUAAAUAAAAGAAAACUCCACCAGUGAAAAAGAUGGAUGAAUCUUGCUUUAGUAGGAACUACUCACAUGCUAAAUAUUUGCAACGCUGAGGCCUUCACAGAAUGUUACACUUUGGGGUAAAAGCUCACAUUGCCAUUUUUAGUAGUUUUCUUUAUAAGUGCUGAGGCUCCUCUGUUCCUCAUUCUGUUAUAUACAACUGCAGAUUCACUGCUUUGGAAUUCUUAAAGGAAUAUCCAAAUGGAAAUAAGGAAAUAAUCUUUACUGCUCCUUAUUGUAAAGCUUGGGUGUGCCACUGAGGCAAUUUUAAACAGACAGAAAGGGCAGUUGCUUCUCUGCUUCAGGAAAAUUCCUUCAGUUGUGUUGCUGAAUGACACAGAUGGAAAUGCCAGUGAAAUUGGUGGGUUGUAUUUUGCCAUUUAGAAAAGAGCACAACCAAAGUUUUGUGCUGGAUUUCCUCUCUUUCUUCAGGAAACUGGAUGAAAUCCAAAGUUGGAGGCCAGAUCUGGCAAAGUGUAGUAUAAUCAAAGUAUUUGUUAGAAUUUAGAAGGAAUAUCAGAACUUCCUUGCAGCUCUUUUCUUUCUUUUCCUCCCAAAAAACCAAAAAAGCUCUAGUGUUGCAAUUUUCUGAGCUCCCUUUGUUCCAGCUCUAAUUAUUCUGCAAAAUGUUUUAAAGGAAGAGCAUAGUUACAAUAUACUGAUGUCAGCUACACUGCAGUUUAAUAAUCCUACAAUCCCAGGUUGGAGGGGACCUCAAGGAUCAUCUGACCCAUUCUUGGCAAAAUAAUAAUCUGUCCUUUUCUAUAGUCAAUCUUAUUUUGACCAGUGUGUACA